AUGUCUGAUGAGUUAGACCCAACUAUUAAUGGACGUCCAAUAUCAGAACUUAAGGUUGUUGAACUGAAGGAAGAGCUGAGCAAGCGUGGCUUAUCUAAGGCUGGAAACAAGAACGUUCUGUAUGAUCGCCUGAAAAAAUUUCUUCUAAAUGGUAGCGGCGAUGCAAACGUUACAGCAGAAUUUCCGGAUGCUUCUCAAGCACAUGAUACGCCUAGUUCGCCACCGGCAAACCCAUUAGUGGCAGAAUACCUAGCGAAACAAGAAGCUGCCCUCCGUGAAGCUCGAAAAGAUGCAGAAGCAGCGUUACGUUCGAAUUCUGGUGAUGAAACUACCUCUCCUAAAAAAGGUUUACGAAGUCGAAGAGAUGGAACAAGUAAUGUAGAAAGUGAUGAUACAGACCAUUCAUUGUUAAAAACACCUGUCAAACAGGUGGAACCCUUAGCGUCCGGGAACGAAUUAAGAGUUUCGGACAGUGAAGUACCUGCCGUUGGUAGUGAAGAUCGUCCAUCUGGAGAAACUUUUGUCGAAGAAAGAACUGAGGUGCUGGGUGCUGCUGAAAAUGUCUCAGAUAGGGACAGCAAGAUUCCUGUAGAUGAAGUUAAAGGUAACAUGGCAGAAGACUUAGCACCUUGUGUGCAAUCCGCGUCAGAAACUGUUGCUGAAACGAAGGAGCAGACGUCCGGAGCUAUCGAAAGCAAGGUUAGCGGGGAAAAAAGUGCGCUAGCUGCUAAUGAAGAAAACGUUACGCCAGAGUUUCGUGAAGAGGCAGUUGUAUCUAAAGGAAGCGAAGAGCAGUCUGUACAGAAAGUUAGUGAAGAGCAAGCCAUUCCUGAAGCAAGCGAAGAAAAGGCUCCACAGGAAGUAAACGAAGGAAUUGCUGCUGAGGAAAGCGAAAAGAAAGUUGUGGAAGAAUUGAGCGAAGAAGCUGCUCCUGAAGCAAGUGAAGAGAAGGUGGUGCAAGAAUUAAACGAAGAAGUUGCUCCCGAAGUAAGCGAAGAAAAGCUUGCGCCAGAAGUGGCUGAGGAAGACGAAAAACCAGAACGAAUGGAUACUGAGAGCGUCCAACAAAUUACACUGAGCCUUGAAGAGCCAGCUGAGAAUGUUGAAAAGGCCAAACAGGCAUCGACCCCCCCGUCAGAAAAAGGAGACCUGUUGUAA